AUGGGGUGUGGUGCGUCAGCGAAUUCAUCGGAACCUCCACCCCCGGGGGUAGAGGAAGAAGGAACCGAGAUAUCUGUAGGCCCGAAACCAAAGAUAAGUUUUAAGCAAUCCGCCAAGCUCAUAGGAAAACUCCAGACGCUCAGAACAAAACGGAGACGGAAGUCGUCCACUGCAACCUUUGCAUUAAAUGUAAACGUCAUAACAAAAGUGAAAGAAAAACUCCGGAAUAUUCGCCAAAGAUUCAAGGCGCCCCCUACUCCUCUCAUUUUAGGAGAUAUUGAUGCGGAGGUGACGUCAUCUGCCAAAAUUGUGCGCGUUUUCACCAGCAGCACGUUUAAAGAUUCGGUUGAGGAAAGAAAUAUAUUGAUCGAGGAGGCAUACCCGGAGCUCAAGUCGUUCUGCCAGGCUCGAGGGUACGAUUUCCAGGUGGUGGACAUGCGUUGGGGCGUUAGAGACGAGGCUUCCGAUGACCACAGUACAACUGACCUCUGUCUAAAGGAAAUAGACCUGUGUCAAAAACUGUCGACGGGACCUAAUUUUGUCUCCUUCGUUUCACACCGGUAUGGAGCCCCACAACUUCCACGCCAUAUCGAGGCUGACGAAUUUGAGAAAAUGAUAAACAACAUUGGGGAAGAAGGAUCUGAUGGAAAAGACUUAUUGACAAGAUGGUACCGCCGCGACGAAAAUAUAGUACCAGUGACCUAUAUUCUCUCACCCAUAAGUCGACAAAUCCCAGACAUCCUCGGUAAAAAUGGAGAGGAACCGACAAAAGGUGCUAAGCAACGAUGGCUCAGUGAAAAAUCGGACAUGUUGGAAAUGCUUCAAGACCUUGCUCAGAAAUAUCUGACGCCGAGUGAAUGUGAAAAAUACACGGUAUCGGUGACAGAGAAGGAGACUGCUGUGGGUAUGAUAGACGUCCCGGCCCCCGGGAAACACUGUCUUUGGUUCCGACGUAACAUAACGGACAUAGAGGAUCAGCCGCCAAGUGAGUUCCUGGAGAGAUACAUGGAAUGUAAAGGACCGGACACCAAAUGGAAGGCUGCACGAGAGUCCUUAAGGAAACUUAAAGACGAGAAGAUGUCACAGGUGUUACCACCGCAAAACCUGUUUACCUACGACAUUAAGUGGACAGAAACAGGUGUAGACAAGAAUAAUCCGGAUCACUGGCGAUAUCUGAAUACUCUGACGUCAGACCUCGUGACUAGGAUGAAGGAGAUGAUAUUGGAAGGUAUUACAAAUCAGCCCCGAGCCAGUCGUGACGUCAUGCUUGUUGAAUGCUCGCAACACUUGUCAUUUGCCAGAAAGAGAUGCGACAUUUUCUUCGGCCGAGAGGAAAUUCUAGAUAAUGUGCGAGAUUUCUUUAGCAACAAAUCAAGAAGACUUCUGGUGAUCCAUGGAAAAUCUGGAUCGGGCAAAGCUUCGAUCGCCGCCAUGACAGUCAAGCACGCCAGGUCAUGGAUGUCGUCCAAAGGUGCUGCCAUCGUCGUAAGGUUUCUGGGCACAACGGCAACUAGUUCUACCAUUCUUAGUCUGCUACAAAGUGUCGUGAAACAAGUUAAAUUGAUAUAUAGACAGAAUCCCACUGUAUCCCAGAAUCCAAAGUCUUUGGUAAAGGAAUUCGAGAAUUGUUUAAAACUUGCAAAAGCUGAGCGACCUCUGGUGGUGAUUUUGGACAGCCUGAAUCAACUUGAUACUGAGAACUCCGGCCAUAAACUAGAAUGGCUUACCCGGGUAAUCCAGACACUCCCUCACGUGAAAAUAGUUUUCACUACGCUGGACGAGGAUCCCAAUGGGACCCUUAGUCGACUCCAGGAUAAAUAUCCCGGAAGUGAAAAUUACAUCAACAUUCUGGAACUUCCGGUGAAAGAUACCGAGGGAAUAGUACAGCAGUACCUAAACCAGCGCAACCGGAAACUAACUGCUGCUCAGAUGGCGUACUUUUUGUCAUACAUGAAGUCGUGUUCGAUCCCGCUUUAUUUGAAGCUGUCGUUUGAUGAAGCCUGUAAAUGGCACUCCUAUACGCCUAGUGACGAGACGGUGCUGCAACCCACCAUUUCCGAGAGUAUCAAGCACCUAUUCUCUAACCUAGAGCGGAAACAUGGGGAGAUUUUUGUCUUCAAAGCGCUCGGAUACCUAACGACAGCACGACACGGUCUCUCGGAGUCGGAACUGGAGGACGUUCUAUCCUGUGAUGACGUUGUCCUGAAUGAUAUUUACCAAUACUGGACACCGCCUGUCCGCCGUCUUCCUCCGCUUUUGUUCGUCCGGUUAAAGAUGGAUAUUGACGAAUAUCUAGUCGAGCGUGGUGUGGAUGGGUCACGUGUUCUGUAUUGGUAUCAUUCACAGUUCUUGAGUGUGGCACGUGACCGCUACUGUGAAGCCAAUACUAGAAGACAACUCCAUGAGUCACUCGCCGAGUACUUCAGCGGGAAGUGGGCGGACAAAAAGGAGAAAGUUUAUUUUGGCAAGAAUGGAGAGGAGCACAGAGCAGAUCGAUUGGUCAAAUCUCAACCAAUCAUAUUGGGCGACACAUACAAUCUUCGGAAGAUCAACAACUUGCCUUACCAUUGGGCAAACGCGAACCGCGCACAGGAACUAAAGAGAGAAUGCUUGAUUAACUUCACCUUUUUGCAGGCGAAACUCAAUGCGACCUCCAUCGGGAAUAUCCUUAAUGAUUACCAGUUAGCAAUGUCCAUAUUCCCUGAUGAUCAAGCGAUCCACCUCGUCGCUAAGGUGAUGCAGUUGUCUCAGGCUGGACUUAGGGCUGAUCCUCAACAGUUACCCACACAGCUUCUGGACAGGUGUGGUGAUGAACAGAAGGUGGAGAUCGUCAACCUGUUGAAGGAUUGUGUCGGUGUCCCUGGUUAUACCUUGUUAGCAGACAAACAGUUACUGACUAAAGCAGACGAGCAAAUCCCAGCUGUCUUUACGCAUGACAGUACAAUUACCGCUAUGGACAUAACGGUCAAUGGUCGUAUCCUUGUCACUUGUGACGAAACCCAUACAAUCAAAUUCUGGAGUUUAAGGGAGAAAUCAUUCAUCAAAGGAUUCACAGACAUUGUCAAGGACAUUUCCAACGUGCACUUCGUUUCCAAUGAUCAUUUCGUUUUAGUAGAGCAUAACAAGAAGAGUCUUCUGACCACUCUAGACGCUGAUGGUCAGAUCCAUGGUCAAAUUGAAGUGGACUUCUACUGUACUCUUGGCGGACCCGGUAGAAGCCUGUUACUGACGGCAAAGGGAUAUAUGUUUAAAGUCUUCGAUGCAGAGAAGUUAACAUUUUUGAGAGAAAAGAAAUCACCCAGGAGUACUCCUCUUGGAUACGAUCUAACAGCGAACGAGCACAAGGCCGUGAUAGGACUGGGGGGUCGUACCAAGGUCAAGUUUAGUGUUAUAGACCUCAAAACGAUGGUCUUCACACAACAGAAAGAGUUACCCAUUCGGAGCAUGCGUAGAAACGAGAACAACGAUGACAACGACGACAAUGUUUCGUCGAUGCAUCUGACCCCUAGCGGUCGAUAUCUCGUCGUAACAAUAGAAGGUGACUCGGGCUUCAUCGUAUACAAGAUGCCGCUAUUGAAGGAGCUUUAUCGGAUUCCAGGUAACCAGGAUGACUCAAGAUGGGACUUCCAUUUUGGCGCUACGGGACACUCCCUGUAUUUUCUUUCUCUUGCUGAGUUCAGUCUGUACCAAAUACAGACGUUGGACGUUCGUACAGGGGACUUAAACACUGUCCAUUACACCACCGCCAGUCGUGUCCGUACCCACAGAGGGAACGUCAUGGUUACGGGUGGGUUUGAUGGUGUUGUCAAGAUGUGGGACCUAGCAGGGCUCAAGAUUAACAAUCAGUCGGCGGUCGAGGAGAAGGGGUUCCGUAUUGAAAAUCUUAGACAGCUCCAUGACAGUAGAUACGCCAUCAGCUUAUCCUCACUGGAGAAAAAGGGGCUACAACUCUUGCAGGUCUACGACAUAGCGGAGAAGAAGGUGGUCCGUCAGGCAUUCGUGGGUAAGGAGGACACGUUGAUAGAAUGUUGUUUAGACCAUCACGCUGUCAUGGAAACUAAGGACAAGAAUAUAAGGAAACUGAAGAUGGUGAACCUUGACACUAUGACCGUGACCUUUGUAUUCCAAGGUCGUCUAAACAAUCGAAUAUCGGGGGUUCACGUUCUUCACGACAGAAACGAGGUGCUGGCUUUGUCUCAAGGUCGACGGUCGCUGAAGACGUAUGACCUGAACAAUGGGAAAACAAAGGCGAUCCUCAAACCCCCUGAGGAUAUAGAUUGGGCCCAAUUCACACAAAUGAUAUGUUACAGUGAUAACAUAGUCGUAGCAAGCAUGACAUCAACAGGUAUCGUAGUAUUUGAUUUGGUGACGUCCUCCAUGAAGUGUAUAUACACUUCGGAAUUGGAGAUUUCAGACGAGGAUGCUACUGCCGGAAGUUGGACACGGAUCAGCAAAGGCGCUAAAUUCAUUGCUAUCCGGUGUGAACGGAAAUUGCCUGCUCUCCUCAAAGAGUCCGGCCUUGAAAUGACGGCUUAUCUGAUCCAUAUUUGGGACAUUGAGAAUUGGAAAUACAACGGUUAUAUCUUCGAAGAGCCAAUGCAUUACGAGAUUAUGUCUCGUCUCGACGAGAAAGCCGAGUUCUUUUCUGACUUCCUGUUCCUGGACGAUCUUAGAAUUGCCACCAUCUUCGACCAACACAAAGGGGAGAUACUGAUCUGGGAUUCGAAUAAAAAUGAGUGUCUGGAGCGAUUGUCCAGCAGUAUCACUCCGGACGCUGACCUGUUUACUAAUGACGUCAGUCCAUACCUGUUGGUAUACAACUUGGCCAAUCUAGAAAUCUGGGAAAAGUCCAAUUUAAAGUGUUUAGCCAGUAUGACGACAGACUAUGACGUCCACUUUUCUGAGUUAGCUAAAGAUGGACUGAGUGUCCUAGGCUGUAAGGAAGUGCCCGUCGAGAUUAUACACUGGACUUUACAGAAGGGAGGCAACCCGGUCUAUGACAUGAGCAAAAAACCGAUCCUCUUCGAAGGAGUCCGAAAUGAUUUGAAGUUAAACCUCUCUGUUGACGAUGACGGCGAUUCUGUGGCCAGUGACAUAGACUUCGAUAUUGACGAUUCUAGCGACGAUGAUAAAGAUACUGACGUCGAUGAGGAAAACCUAGAUGAGGUGGACGAUCUGUUCAACAGGUCGUCAAAUACUCCUCUGACUGACGAUGCCAAGUUGAAAGCGAUGAGAACAGUUUCUGGUCGAAACGUUAACGAAAACAGGGUUUUACAUCUGACCGAUGACGACAAAGAAGAAAAACUGUACAAUUUCCAGAAUAAAGUCUUAUCCGAAGAGGCUUUCAAAGAAACUUCGACCGCGGUCAAACAAAAAGGUGAUUCUAAUUCAGUCGAUGACGGCAACGACAAAAAACAGACGAUGGAAAAUGAGAAAGACGGGAAAAGAAAAUUGAGACAGAGUUCUUCCUCACCCGUACCUUCAUUAGAAACCUAUGAUUAUGGUGACGCGUCAGACACGUCAGAUUUCUGAGACAAUCCUUACUUUUAGGUCUCUCUAAUCACCUGUCAAACGUUUAGAUAUUUAAAACAUUAUAUAAUUAUAUAUUCUUACGUAAAUUAUAUCAGCUAUACUCAUGAUUUACCUCGCAAAACUUAUGAUAACAAUGUAACCAGAUUUACGGCUCUGUAUUUAUGUUUAAAGCUCUCAUACAAACAAAACUGGACGUAUAUGAGGAUAUAUCCUGUGACUUGUACACUGAAUCAACAUCGCGAUAUUGACAUUUUUAUUUAGUGGAGGAUUGGAC